UGGCUCUACCACGAUAUGGUUUGAAUUAAAAAUAUGGCUAGCUAGCUAACAUGUUAGAUUUCAAUGCUGAAAGGUUUGUUCGCUGGGUAGCCAGCUAGCCAGAUAAUCUACUUCAGCAUUGAGCUAAUAAACUGAAUUGUAACUUGCAUUCAUACCUAGCUAGCUGGCUAACUACAUUGAUUUGGCUAGCUGCUAGCUAACUGUUAUAGCUACAUUAUAUAUUGACGCUAACCUAACUUAGCGUAACUAAGUUAGCUAGCUAUCUGGCCAGUAACACGAAUUGCUCCUCCUAUGGUUUUACCCCGGAAUUUGUAUAGGAAAAGCACCUUGUUAACCGUAGUCUUAGGAGUAAACCACGUAAGCAGGCUGCUCUAAUUAACUAAAGCGCUUUAGAUGGCAAACAUGAAAGCAAUGCAGCCAUUCUAUUAUGGAAUUGAUGUCAGAUAACCUAGCUAGCUAGCUAACUUUAGCAUGCUAUAAUCUAACGUUACCUAGUUAUUUUGUGUAGGCUAUGGUGAUUCAGCGUUAGCACUGUUGUUUAACGUUGGCUAACUUUGCUAGCCUACCUAAUUGGACACUGACAAAUUCCUUCUGUAGCUAACGUUAGCUCACUAGCUAACGAUUCAGAUUUAAUUAGCUAAUACAGCACGGUACUUUCCGUAUCGGAGCAGAAACGCUGUGGCUUCUUCGUAGAGCGACCAUUAUUGUGAAUGGUAGUGUCUAGAAAGGGUAUGUCCCUUCAGGAGAGAGGUGCCAAUGUCCAACCGGCCUAAUUCCAAUCCAGGGGGGUCACUGCGACGUUCACAGAGGAACACUGCUGCGGCCCAGCCACAAGAUCACGCAGGAAGGUUGCAGUCAGAGCAGGUUAAACAAAAAGCAAAUUCCAUUCCUGAAAGUAGAAGACCUAUAUCUAAGGCUUCAAAAGCCCAACCCAGCUCAGCCCCUGGGCAGUCCAGAGGGCACAGCUCGAAAAGGAGCGGCCUUUCGCUGUCGGUGGCCUCAUUCGUGCUGCGAGAGGACCCAGACGCCGCGGGGACAUCCGAGCAGGACCGGCCCGGCCCCGCGUCCAAGAGGGAGGGGAUCCGAGGUUUCAAACGCAGCUCCGCUCCGGAACACAACAGCUCCUACUCCCCCAGCCCUGCCAAAAAGCCCAAAGCCCCCCAGCCCCCGCAGAGCUCCCCCGAGCCCAAGAGGGGACCGCCCAAGUCCAAGAAGAGACGGCUGGCCCCGGAGCCGCCGGCCUCCAGCAGCCGAGCCCAGAGCAGGAAGAGUGGAGCCACUGGGGGCUCCCCGCCCCAGAAAGGGAGAAAGACUGACGCGUCCUCCAGCGUGAGCGGCACCGCAGGGCCCCUCCCCACCCGCGCCGAGGGCAGGUCCGCAAAACCCUCCAAGCUGGCUUCGAAAUCGGCCGCCUCAGCCAAAGCUGGGUGCAGCACUGUGACGGACACCUCUUCCUCCGCCUCCACCUCCUCGUCCUCCUCGUCCUCGGCCGCCCCGCCGGGCGCGCGCCUGAAGCAGGGCAAAGACCAGAGCAAGGCGCGGCGCUCGCGCUCCGCCUCCAGCCCCAGCCCCCGCCGCAGCGGCCGCGACAAGGAGCAGGCCAAGCUCGCCGGCUCCUCCAAGUUCGAGUGGCCCGCCCGCUUCAGCCCCAAAGUCAACCUGCCAAAGCCAAAACUCUCUCUACCUGGGUCCUCCAAGGCCGACAACUCCAAACCCGGCCCUUCAGGACUACAGGCCAAACUAGCAAGUUUGAGGAAGUCCACUAAGAAGCGCAGCGAGUCCCCUCCGGCAGAGCUCCCCAGCUUUCGGCGGAGCACACGGCAGAAGACCACGGGCUCGUGUGCUAGUACCAGUCGGCGAGGCUCUGGCCUGGGCAAGCGCGGGGCAGCCGACACUCGCCGCCAGGAGAAAAUGGCCGACUCGGACAACAACCAGGACGGAGCCAACUCCUCCACCGCACGCACCGACGAGGCGCCUCAGGGAGCAUCAGCCUCUAGCUCUGUGGCCGGAGCGGUAGGGAUGACCACGUCUGGGGAGAGCGAAUCGGAUGACUCAGAAAUGGGCAGACUGCAAGCUCUUCUGGAGGCCAGGGGCCUCCCCCCUCACCUCUUCGGGCCUCUGGGACCCCGCAUGUCGCAACUGUUCCACAGGACGAUAGGGAGCGGUGCCAGCUCCAAGGCCCAGCAGCUCCUGCAGGGUCUCCAGGCCACGGGCGACGAGUCCCAGCAGCUGCAGGCCGCCAUCGAGAUGUGCCAGCUGCUGGUGAUGGGCAACGAGGAGACGCUGGGGGGGUUCCCGGUGAAGAGCGUGGUGCCCGCGCUGAUCACCCUGCUGCAGAUGGAGCACAACUUUGACAUUAUGAACCACGCGUCCCGCGCCCUCACCUACAUGAUGGAGGCGCUGCCCCGCUCCUCCGCUGUGGUCGUUGACGCCAUUCCCGUCUUCCUCGAAAAGCUUCAGGUGAUCCAGUUCAUUGACGUGGCAGAGCAAGCGCUCACUGCCCUGGAGAUGUUGUCACGACGACACAGCAAAGCCAUCCUGCAGGCGGGUGGACUGGCAGACUGCCUGCUGUACCUGGAGUUCUUCAGCAUUAACGCCCAGCGGAACGCCCUCGCCAUAGCAGCCAACUGCUGCCAGAGCAUCACGCCCGACGAGUUCCACUUUGUGUCCGACUCCCUGCCCCUGCUGACACAGAGACUCACCCACCAGGACAAAAAGUCUGUUGAAAGCACCUGCCUGUGUUUCGCCAGGCUUGUAGACAAUUUCCAGCACGAGGAGAACCUGCUGCAGCAGGUGGCGUCCCGGGACCUGCUCACCAACAUCCAGCAGCUGCUGGUGGUGACUCCGCCCGUGCUGAGCUCGGGGAUGUUCAUCAUGGUGGUGCGCAUGCUGUCGCUCAUGUGCUCCAACUGCCCCUGCCUGGCCGUGCAGCUCAUGAAGCAGAAUAUCGCAGAGACUCUUCGUUUCCUCUUGUGCGGAGCGUCGAGCGGUAGCUGUCAGGAGCAGAUCGACCUGGUUCCCAGGAGCCCCCAGGAACUCUACGAGCUGACCUCGCUUAUCUGCGAGCUCAUGCCCUGCUUGCCCAGAGAGGGCAUCUUCGCGGUGGAUGCCAUGCUGAAGAAGGGGAGCGCCCAGACCAGCGAAGGGGCCAUAUGGCAGUGGAGAGACGACCGCGGCCUGUGGCACCCUUACAACCGCAUCGACAGCCGCAUCAUCGAGACGGCGCACCAGAACGGGGAGGAUGAGAUCAGCCUGUCCACGCUGGGCCGCGUCUACACCAUCGACUUCAACUCUAUGCAGCAGAUCAACGAGGACACGGGAACCGCCCGGGGAAUCCAGCGCAAGCCCAACCCCAUGGCCAAUCCCAACUCUGGCGGGCACGCGGAGGUGAAGCGGGAGGACGCGCGGGCGCAGCUGAUGAAGGAGGACCCGGAGCUGGCGCGCUGCUUCAUUAAGACGCUGUUCGGCGUUCUGUACGAGGUGUACAGCUCCUCCGCCGGCCCCGCCGUCAGACACAAGUGCCUUCGAGCAAUCCUGAGGAUCAUCUACUUCGCCGACGCAGAGCUGCUGCAGGACGUGCUGAAGAACCACGCCGUGUCCAGUCACAUCGCCUCCAUGCUGUCCAGUCAGGACCUGAGGAUUGUGGUGGGAGCCCUGCAGAUGGCAGAGAUCCUGAUGCAGAAGCUCUCAGACGUAUUUAGCGUGUAUUUCAGGCGAGAAGGUGUGAUGCACCAGGUGAAGAACCUGGCCGAGUCAGAGACCUUCCUCACCAGCCCCCCGAAGGCGUGUACCAGCGGGACGGCCAGUCUGUGCACUACCACCAUCAGCACGGCGACCACCACCGCAGCAACCAACGCCACGCCCGACCUGGGCUCCCCCAGCUUCCAGCACAGCAUGGAUGACUCGCUCGACCUGAGCCCGCAGGGGAGGUUGAGUGAUGUUCUGAAAAGGAAACGACUUCCCAAACGAGGGCCGAGAAGGCCAAAGUACUCCCCUCCGAGGGACGAUGACAAAGUUGACAAUCAAGCCAAGAGUCCCACCACGACUCAGUCCCCAAAAUCUUCCUUUCUGGCAAGCCUCAAUCCCAAAACCUGGGGCAAACUGGGCGCCCAGAACUCCAGCGCUAACUCUGAGCCCUCCCGCACAGCUGGGGUGAGCGGCCUGGCUCGUGCCCCGCCCAAGGACUCCGUCUCCAACAACAGAGACAAGAUCAAGGCCUGGAUCAAAGAGCAGGCCAGCAAGUUUGUGGAGCGCUACUUCAACUCCGAGAAUGUCGACGGUAGCAACCCAGCGCUGAAUGUACUACAAAGGCUUUGCACUGCUACCGAACAGCUGCACUUACAGGUGGAUGGUGGGAUCGAGUGCCUUGUCGAAAUCUGCAGUAUUGUCUCCGAGUCGGACGUCUCCUCAUUUGAAAUCCAGCACAGCGGCUUGGUCAAACAGCUGCUCCUGUACCUGACCUCAAACAGUGACCGGGACGCCGUCAGCCGGGACGUGCGUCUCAAAAGGUUCCUGCACGUCUUCUAUGGCUGCCCGGUUCCCGGGGAGGAGCCCGAUGGCCGUCUGGACCCCUCCGGCAGCGGCCCUCUGCUGUCACUGGUGCACAAGAUGAACAACUGCCUGAGCCAGAUGGAGCAGUUCCCCGUCAAAGUGCACGACUUCCCCAGCGGCAACGGGACCGGAAGCAGGGGGUCCCAGGCUCUGAAGUUCUUCAACACUCACCAGCUCAAGUGCCAGCUGCAGAGACACCCGGACUGCACCAACGUCAAGCAGUGGAAGGGGGGCCCUGUCAAGAUUGACCCCUUGGCGUUGGUGCAGGCUAUCGAGAGAUACCUGGUCGUGAGAGGUUACGGGAGAAUUCGAGAGGAAGACGAGGACAGUGACGACGACGGAUCAGACGAUGAAAUUGACGAGUCAUUGGCGGCGCAGUUCCUGAACUCGGGCAGCGUGCGGCACAGGCUGCAGUUCUACAUGGGCGAGCACCUCCUGCCCUACAACAUGACGGUGUACCAGGCCGUGCGGCAGUUCAGCCUGCAGGCCGAGGAGGAGCGCGAGUCCACCGACGACGAGGCCAACCCGCUGGGCCGAGCCGGCAUCUGGACCAAGACCCACACCAUAUGGUAUAAGCCUGUGCGAGAGGAUGAGGACGGCAGUAAGGACGUAGUGGGCGGGAAGAGAGGCCGUGCGCAAACGGCCCCCACCAAAACCUCGCCUCGCAACGCCAAGAAGCACGACGAGCUGUGGCACGACGGCGUGUGUCCCAGCGUGACCAACCCCUUGGAGACGUACCUGGUUUCUGAGCCGCCGGAGAGCAUGACCUUCGACGACCCCUCCCGCGACGUCAACCUGCUGCUCAGGGUCCUGCACUCCAUCAGCAGAUACUGGUUCUACCUGUACGAGAAUGCGGCGUGUAAGGAGAUCGUAUCCACCAGCGAGUUCAUAAACAGCAAGCUGACCGCCAAGGCCAACCGGCAGCUACAGGACCCUCUGGUCAUCAUGACCGGGAACAUCCCCUGCUGGCUGACCGAACUCGGCAAGACCUGUCCUUUCUUCUUUCCCUUCGACACGCGGCAGAUGCUCUUUUACGUGACCGCGUUUGACCGUGACCGCGCCAUGCAGAGGCUUCUGGACACCAACCCCGAAAUCAACCAGUCCGACUCCCAGGACAGCCGGGUCGCCCCACGGCUCGACCGGAAGAAGCGCACUAUAAACCGGGAGGAGCUGCUGAAACAGGCAGAGUCUGUGAUGCAGGACCUGGGCAGCUCCAGAGCCAUGCUGGAGAUCCAGUACGAGAACGAGGUGGGCACGGGGCUGGGGCCCACUCUGGAGUUUUACGCACUUGUGUCUCAGGAGCUACAGAGGGCCGACCUGGGGCUCUGGAGGGGCGAGGAGGUCACCCUGUCCAACCCGAAAGGGAGCCAGGAAGGCACCAGGUAUAUGUUCAGCUCCAGGGGGCUGUUCGCCGUUCCUUUCGGCAGGACGACCAAACCCGCGCACAUCGCCAAGGUCAAGAUGAAGUUCCGCUUCCUGGGCAAGCUCAUGGCCAAAGCCAUCAUGGACUUCAGGCUGCUCGACCUGCCCCUGGGGCUGCCCUUCUACAAGUGGAUGCUGCGCAGCGAGGGCUCCAUCAGCUCCCACGACCUGCUGAACAUCGACCCCGCCGUGGCCAAGUCCAUCCAGCACCUGGAGGACAUCAUCCGGCAGAAGAAGAGGCUGGAGCAGGACCGGUCUCACACGCGGGAGACCCUGCAGCAGGCUCUGGAGGGCCUCAACAUGAACGGCUGCUCUGUGGAAGACCUGGGGCUGGACUUCACCCUGCCCGGCUUCCCCAACAUCGAGCUGAAGAAGGGCGGCAAGGAUGUCCCGGUCACCAUCCACAACCUGGACGAGUACCUCAGGCUGGUGGUGUACUGGACGCUGAACGAGGGCGUGUCCCGGCAGUUUGAGUCAUUUCGGGAAGGAUUCGAGUCGGUCUUCCCCCUGCACCACCUGCAGUAUUUCUACCCUGAGGAGCUGGAUCAGCUGCUGUGCGGCAGCAAGUCUGAGACCUGGGAUGUGAAAACGCUGAUGGAGUGCUGUCGGCCCGACCACGGCUACACACACGACAGUCGAGCAGUGAGGUUCCUUUUCGAGGUGCUCAGUAGUUUCGAUGCUGAACAGCAGAGACUGUUCCUGCAAUUUGUGACGGGGAGUCCCAGAUUGCCUGUUGGAGGGUUCCGGAGCCUGAACCCGCCGCUGACCAUCGUGCGCAAGACGUUCGAGUCGACGGAGAACCCGGACGACUUCCUGCCCUCGGUCAUGACCUGCGUCAACUACCUGAAGCUGCCGGACUACUCCAGCAUGGAGAUGAUGCGGCAGAAGCUGCUGAUCGCAGCGCGCGAGGGGCAGCAGUCCUUCCACCUGUCCUGAUCCCCCCCCCACCCCCACCCCCCGCCCCGCACGCACAUGCCUUCCACAGCAGCAGAGACAUCACUCUUCCUUUAGGGGUUUCCAUCUCAUCCCCCUUUCCUUUUGGGUUUUUUUUUGUAAUCACCUCCAUCAAGGCGACGAGUACAGCCUUGUUAGAGCGAGCAGCUUGCAUUAAUGAAAAAGACUCAAUAUAUUAAAAAUAUACCUGCUGCCCCCCCCCCACACCCUUUCUUUCCCACAAACUGAAAAGUCAUUUCAUGACCGACAAUUCAGAAAUUUGAAGACUUAAUCCUUAGUUGAGAGUAAUGUUUAAAAAAAAAAAAAAAAAAAAAAAAUAUCAAAGAAAAGAAAAAAAAAUCUGGGUGACAUUUUAAACUUGCGUUGCUGUGUGAUAUUUAAGAAAAGGGAUGUUUCUCGCCACAGUGGUGAGAUGUUGCUGGACGUCCGGCGGGGUGCCUACGUUGAGCAGACCAGGUUCACUAUAGCUCCAAAGAUCAUUUGUACAGACCUGCUCAUUCUCCACGUGUGGGGCCCGCUCUGCGCUCCCACGUCCUCCUGUCCCGUCUCCGUUUGCACCGUUUUGUAUAAAACGCCACCAGUUUGUGUGCUGUACUUUUCCGUUCUCCCCCCCCCCCCGCCCCGUACCUCCGCCCCCCCCUCGUGUGUGUUGAUGAAUCUUGUGAAAAAGCGAGUUGGAGUCCGGGGGAGUGAGGGUGCUGACUGAAGCGUAGGUUUUGAUCAGAGUUAAAUGGUGUUACUAAGCGCUUCAGCCCUCUGUUGAGGAGUAUACCCAGUGCGUUGGAUUUUUUUUUUUUUUUUGGCUGAUACUUUGUUAGAGUAGUGUGACUCUGCUGGACCCUGAGGGACCCGGUGUGGGUGGGGUUAUCAACCCUCUCUCAAUGAAGCGCUUGGCUCAAAGAAGCCUGGAGCGCUUCAAAUCCCAUAUUGUAGCUGAGCACAAAAUUUGGCUGGUCUUAUUUUUAUCAGUUCGCAGCCAGAUAGCAUUUCAAGUUCAUUUUUGCGGAAUUAAGUUUAUCUGCAGUUUCACACCCAUGCUGAGGUGACAUGGCUGCUCUACCCUUUUUUAAUUUUUCUAUCAUUCAGGGUUUUUUUUUUUUUUUUUCUUGCUGUAGGUUUUUUUUUGGUUUGUUUUUUGUUUUUGCACUGCUGGCUUGGAACAAACUGUGGUGUGCACCUGCAGUCUGUGGCCAGGGGAGGGCGCCACUAUGCUCUCCUGGCUAGUCGUUCAUGUGCUGGUUUCUAAGAUCUGCAAUAAUUUACUGCAUCAGGUUCAUGUUUUUACCUGAACAUAAAUAAAGUAACUGUUUGACUCCU